UAAAGAAAUGGAGAAUCCUUUCUUAACCAUUGCAGCAAUUGCAUUUUACUUGAGUGUUAGCAGCCACAUGGUUUUCUAUGGGCAUGCAGUUGAAUCACCCAAGUACACAUUGAUACACUCUGAAUCAGAUUAUGAGAUCAGGCUCUACAAAGAUAUCUUAUGGAUGUCUGCUCUUCUUCAAGGAACCUCUUCCUUCCAGUUCCAGAAAUCUACCAAAGAUGGCUUUCACAGGAUUUACCAAUACAUACAUGGAGCAAAUCUGAACUCUUCUCAACUACCAAUGACUGCUCCCGUCUUAACAAGCAUCACAACAUCAGCUUCUAACACUUUAUACUACGUAAAGUUGUUUCUAUCUAAAGGCAAUCCUCCACAGGCAAAUCCUGAACUGAAUUUGCAAUUAGACAGAUGGAAAGCUCAGUGUAUAGCAGUUAGAAAGUUUCCAGGUUUUGCUGAAGAUAAUAAUGUUAAGAAAGAAAUGGCAGGGUUAGUGGCAAGUCUAAAUAAACAUUUGACUACUACUGGACAGAUGGCUGCUUUAGAUGGUAACAGUUCCUAUACCAUUGCUCAGUACAAUUCUUCACGAAUCGCUUCGGGAAGAUUAAAUGAAGUGUGGAUUGAUGUUUCAGGUUUUAACGUAGAGGGAUGUUUAUAUUGAUGUUCUCUGCAUCGUAACGUGUUUGAUUGUGCAUACAAGAGAAACAAUGUAGGGAUGAGAUAGUUUCUCUGUUGUUGUGUGCCUUGUUUAUCUGUUUUGAAAAAUCGAAUAAAAAUAAAUAAACAUAUUUAAUACUAAUAAUAAUAUAUUUUUUACAUUUUUGAAUAAAAUGAAGCCAAAAAAAACUAUAAAUAAAAAGGUCGUCUAAGCUCUAAUAACACGGCAAUGGAAAAGUCCAAUGUAAAAACAAAUUAAAUUAUAAAUUAUUAAUAUUUUUCAAUUGCAACUUAUUCGUAUCUUCUCUUUUUAAUCAGUUGUCCUCUCUAUGAUUUUCUCAUCUAUAUAAAAUGGAAUAUGCCAAUUGGGCAAAAUUCGAAGGAGAUAAAAGAAAAGAAAUAUGAAUAUUACAUCUGUGGUCUUGUCUGAACCACAUAUAAUUUACCAUCCCUUAUCACGCCUUCAAUGUCUUGUGGAGAUCCAUAGAGCUCCUCAAUUACACUUCCUGCACGAGCAAUGUCAGAGAGUAUUUUUUGUCGAAAGUUGCCGUCAGUGAUCAAUG